GGGUAACGAGUGAUCCACACUGUAUACCUAUCGCAAUAUAUCCCACAUCUCCGUUUCUGUUUGUUCCUUAAUUGAAGUGUUGGUUUGGUUUAUCAGUACUUAGGCAGGUAUCGAAUUUAUCGAGUUUAUCCAUUCUCUUUUAUAAAAUAGAACAACUCUUCAAUGUAUUUUUAAUAACUAAAUUCAAAUUGUUCGAACAAAUGUUCGAAACGAAAUUGAUGGGCAUCAGUUUUUCAAGAAACCGCCGAAACUAUCGCGAUAUGCGGGACUGAUGAGUUUGAGAACCGUAGAAACGAAUUGCGCGGGAUUUCGUACUGUGUGCCUGAUAUGAUCAUCUAUUCGACCAUACUUACGACAUGCGCGUAUAGUUUGUAUCGCCAAUAAUUUUGGAGCUUCGUAUUUGCAUUGUUUUCAAUUGAAGCAAAAUGAGUAAACGAUCGUACUCGUCCCCAGCAGUCAACAAAAAAACCAAAAACGAUGAGGAACCAUCCACAUUCGAGUCUGAGCUCGCUGCGAUGGAUGACAUUGAAGAUGAAUUUUUCAACGAAGGGACGCAAAUUUUUGGACAAGGCCCAGAGCAAGAAAACACAUCUUCGAAAUGGAGCAGACCGGAUCCACCUGCUUUGGACCCAUCAAAGGAUACUUUGUGUUUUCAACAGAUUGAUGUUGAUCAUUACACAGACAAGCCAAUGCCAGGCAUGCCUGGAAGUCGAAUAGGACCAGUACCAGUAAUGAGAAUGUAUGGAGUCACGGAGCAGGGAAAUUCUGUUUGUUGUCAUGUACAUGGUUUCAGUCCGUACUUCUUUGUAUCAGCACAUCCAUCAUUUAAUAAUUCGCAUUGUAAAUCAUUCAAGGAAGCACUAAACGCUGCGGUAAAAAAUGAUAUGAAGAACAACAAUGACAAUAUUCAAGACUUUAUUUUGGCAGUUGAAAUAGUUGAACGUCAAACAGUGUAUGGUUAUACCGGAGAGAAAAAGUCUCAAUUUUUGAAAAUAACAGUUGCUUUGCCAAGAUUAAUUGCUCCUUGUAAAAGAUUACUAGAAACUCAGGUUGUGUUUCCUACUCUUGAUCAUAAAUAUACAGCUUAUGAAAGUAAUAUUGAUUUUGAUAUAAGAUUCAUGGCUGAUACUCAUAUGGUAGGAUGUUCAUGGAUAGAACUAAAGCCAGGAAAAUGGAAGUUAAGAGGAAAGCAUAAUCAUAACAUGGCCCAGAUCACUAGAUGUCAAUUGGAAUGUGAUGUAGCUUGGGAUCAAUUUGUUGCUCAUGCUCCUGAAGGAGAAUGGUCUAAGGUCGCACCAUUUAGAAUUCUUAGUUUUGAUAUUGAAUGCGCUGGUCGCAAAGGAAUUUUCCCGGAACCUGAGCAUGAUCCCGUUAUUCAAAUAGCUAAUAUGGUAAUUUUGCAAGGAGAAAGUGAACCAUUUUUAAGAAAUAUCUUCACCUUGGACACAUGUGCACCAAUAGUUGGAUGUCAAGUAUUAAGUUUCGAAAAAGAAAGUUCAAUGUUAGAGAAAUGGGCUGAUUUCAUACGUCAACUGGAUCCCGACAUAUUUACCGGAUACAACAUCAAUAAUUUCGAUUUCCCGUACUUGAUCAAUCGCGCGCAACACUUACACGUUAGGGACUUCAAUUAUUUAGGUCGAAUAAAAAAUAUAAGAUCUGUGAUAAAAAAUCAAGUACUUCAGAGCAAACAGAUGGGCAGGAGAGAAAACAAAUUUGUUAACUUUGAAGGACGUGUGCCUUUUGAUCUGUUACUGGUCUUAGUUAGAGAUUACAAACUGCGGUCUUAUACUUUAAACGCCGUGAGUUACCAUUUCCUUCAAGAACAAAAGGAAGAUGUUCACCAUAGCAUCAUCUCUGAUUUGCAAAAUGGGAAUGCUCAAACGAGGCGGCGUCUCGCUGUAUACUGCUUAAAAGAUGCAUACCUACCUCUUAGAUUGUUAGACAAACUUAUGUGUAUUAUUAUUUAUAUGGAAAUGGCCAGAGUGACAGGUGUAUCCCUCUCUAGUCUACUUACAAGAGGUCAACAGAUUAAGGUAGUUUCACAACUGUUACGAAAGACGAUCGAGAGGGGCUACCUCAUACCUGUUCAUCAUGGUCAAGGAUCAGAUGAACAAUACGAAGGAGCUACAGUCAUCGAGCCGCUCCGUGGGUACUAUAAUGAUCCCAUUGCCACAUUGGAUUUCAGUUCUCUAUACCCCAGUAUCAUAAUGGCCCACAACAUCUGUUAUACAACUCUCUUGAGUCCAAGUGCCCAAAAUCACUACAAUCUCUCAAAUGACGAUAUAACCAGAACUCCUGCAAACUCUAAUUUCGUUAAAGGCAGUGUCAGAAAAGGCAUACUGCCGGAAAUUUUGGAGCAAUUGCUUUCCGCUAGAAAAGCAGCAAAAGCGGACUUGAAAAAGGAAACGGAUCCUUUGAAGCAAAAAGUGCUCGAUGGCCGUCAGUACGCUUUAAAAGUUUCUGCCAAUUCCGUUUAUGGUUUUACUGGCGCCCAGCAAGGAAAAUUGCCUUGUCUCGAAAUAUCCGGAAGUGUCACUGCUUACGGUCGUACAAUGAUCGAAAAAACAAAACAAGAAGUCGAAACGCAUUAUAGAAAAGAAAACGGCUACGAUCAUGACGCAGUUGUAAUUUACGGUGAUACUGAUUCGGUCAUGGUUAAAUUUGGAGUCAAAAAAAUCGAAGAUGCUAUGAAGCUUGGAAAGGAAGCCGCUGAAUACGUAACAUCGAAAUUCAUCAAACCUAUCAAAUUAGAGUUUGAAAAGGUGUAUUUCCCAUAUCUUCUCAUCAACAAAAAACGUUAUGCUGGUUUGUACUUUACUAAGCCGGACAAAUACGACAAAAUGGAUUGCAAAGGUUUGGAGACUGUGAGAAGAGAUAACUGUCCGUUGGUUGCGAACAUGAUGAACACCUGCCUUCAAAAAUUACUCAUUGACAGGAACCCAGAUGACGCGAUGGACUAUGCAAAACAAAUAAUCAGCGAUCUCCUGUGCAAUCGCAUCGACAUCUCUCAACUGGUUGUCACGAAAGAAUUGACAAAAACCGAUUACACGGCGAAACAAGCUCACGUAGAGUUGGCUGCGAAAAUGAAGAAGCGUGACGCUGGUACAGCUCCGAAACUAGGUGACCGAAUCCCUUACGUGUUCAUAAGCGGACCUAAAGGUGUUCCAGCUUACCAAAAAGCCGAAGAUCCCAUCUACGUCUUGGAGAACAAUAUACCCAUCGACACGAAUUACUAUCUCGAAAAUCAGUUGUCGAAGCCGCUCGUUAGAAUUUUCGAGCCUAUACUCGGGGACAAGGCGGAAUCUCUAUUGCUGAAGGGAGAACACACGCGAACGAAGUCUGUGGCCACAUCCAAAGUAGGUGCACUCGUGGCUUUCACGCGUAAAAAGGAGGCAUGUCUGGGAUGCAAAGCUGUCUUAGCGGCCGAUAGGGAGGGGAAAGCACUCUGUCAGUAUUGCGAGGAAAAGGAAGGCCAAAUUCUACAGAAUGAAAUUUACAACGGACGGAAACUGGAGGAGAAGUUUUGCAGACUGUGGGCUGAGUGUCAGCGUUGUCAGGGUAGUCUUCAUCAAGAAGUCAUUUGCACGAGUCGAGAUUGUCCAAUCUUUUACAUGAGAAAGAAAGUGCAAAUGGAUCUGGAUACACAGGCAAAGCGAAUCGAGAAGUUUGGGAUUCCUCAGUGGUGAAAGCAGAUACCAAUCAAAACAAGAGUACAAAUCGGAAUCUUCAAUUUUUUACACUCAAACAUUAGCGUAUUAUUAGCGUUUCCUUAGGCAGUAUUAAGUGAUUAAGAAUUGAGCUAUUUUUUCAUAUUGAAAUUGUAUUUGUCAAUAGCGACAUGAUUGUACAUAUACGACCUAUAUACGCACAUAAAUCGAAAACUCUUUUUACAUUUUA